AUGGGGCAAAUCUACUCGACUGCCCACAGCACCGUCAUCCACCUCGGCCAUCUCACGUCCGACGUCACUGAAGUGUUUUCUGUACCCCGUGAUUUCGCCCCCGAGCCCGGCACGGAUAACGGCGAAAGUACCGCCGUCGCCGCGAUAGGAGAAGGAGGGCCUUGGAGCUUGCUUUCCAAGACGUGGUUUGAGCGCGUCUGGGUCUUUCAGGAGCUUGUCCUAUCGAGAGAUCCCUGGGUCCAAUGCGGCAGCAGACGGAUACGAUGGCGCGAAUUCUGCGCCUUCUUCCUCGAUGGUAGAGGCCAAGGCUCGUCACCGAGGGUGCAGAAUGACGGAGAGAGGCGGCGCGUCCUGGCGGAUAUGAACGCGAGCUGGGCCAGCCAGUCGAGGCUCCCUCUCCACCGCGCCGUUAAGGCGCGUAGAGGCCUGGGCGCCACGAACCCGGCCGACUUUGUCUACGCGACGUUUGGCAUCAUUAGUGAUCUUGAGACUGUUGAGCAGUACCUGAAGAUUGACUACAACAUGUCAGUUGGGCGUACUUUUGGCAAAGUUGCCCAGUAUAUGUUCUACGAGCUCGGCAUUGAGCAGAUGGUGUUUCACGUAGACGACGCUCCCGCUUCGAAACGAGUAGAUGGGCUCCCUUCCUGGGCACCCGAUUGGAACCUCGAAGCUUCUUACACCAAGAGAAAUCCGCUGUGCAUGGUCCAGGACAACAGCCUGAGCCAGGUCAGAGUGAAGAAAGAGGUCCACCAUGCUUUUACCGAGUCUGCGAAUGGUGAUCUGCCGCUCGUUUUGGGGCACAUUGGCAUGAGGGUUGAGACGAUCGAGCACGUCGGCUGCGUCAUGCCUGCUGGCCUGCAGAAGUCGCAUCUGACUGCAGACUAUGACGCCGCCAGGUCAGAGUUGAUGGGCAUAUAUAGAAAUGCUUACGCCUCGGGGGACAGGUUCGGUCAGUAUCGACACGUUCCACUAAAGGGCAAGGAAGCGGAGCAUGAGCGUCUCUGCCAGGCCGUCGGAACUAUAUGGGUCGCGGCAGUCGAGGACUUCCACAGGCAACCAUCAGUUGCCGAUUCCCAGCCGGGAGGAGAUAACGACUUUCUCGAAGCCCUCGCGCGUUGGCUGGCCUCAGAAGCGAGCAAGCAGCGCGAAUUCGUGGGCUCAGGCACAAACGGCAUCAUCAAGCGCCUCUACGGCUACUUUGCCCGCACAGGCGGCCAUUCCGACCUCGAAGGCAGGCGACUAGCCUCGACGGGAGACGGCAGGAUGAGUAUCGUGCCGGCGCAGGCUUCGGCGGGUGACGUGAUUGCGUAUCUCGUGGGCAGCAACACGCCCGUCCUGCUUCGUUCAAAGGACGCUGGGGUCCACGGGCCAGAGAUUGAGCGUAUGUUGUUGGAGUCCCUGAGACAGCCUGGAUGUGGCGUUGUCACGAUGACGAAUGAGCAGAAGGAGCAGGAGCUGUGGAGGGUUCCUGAGCAGGGCGAUGUCUCGGUUGAGCACUUUUCGGUUGUUGGGGAGGCGUAUCUGGAUGGGCAUGUGGGCUGGGCUUUGAGGUAUUUGCCCCAAGAGUCUAGUAUGCGGAUAUUUGCACUGCACUGA